UGGAUGGAAUCCUCACCACUACUGGCUACACACAAGAGGAUUAUACUAUGCUUGGCUCAGAUGAUUUCUUCUAUGUCGGUGGAAGUCCCAGUACAGCUGAUUUACCUGGGUCUCCUAUCAGCAAUAAUUUCAUGGGUUGUCUGAAAGAGGUUGUUUAUAAGAAUAAUGAUAUUCGUCUGGAGUUAUCUCGUUUGGCAAGGAUUGGUGACACAAAAAUGAAAAUCUACGGAGAGGUGAAAUUCACAUGUGAGAAUGUGGCCACAUUGGAUCCAAUCAAUUUUGAAAACCCUGAGGCCUACAUUAGUCUGCCUAAGUGGAACACCAAGCGAAUGGGGUCUAUUUCUUUUGACUUCCGCACUACAGAGCCCAAUGGCCUUAUUCUUUUCACUCAUGGUAAACCCCAGGAAAGGAAGGAUUCCAGAAGCCAGAAGAACACCAAAGUGGAUUUCUUUGCAGUAGAACUCUUGGAUGGAAAUCUCUACCUUCUUCUUGAUAUGGGCUCUGGAACUGUCAAAGUAAAGGCAACUCAGAGGAAAGCUAAUGAUGGAGAAUGGUAUCACGUUGAUAUACAGAGAGAUGGUAGAUCAGGUACCAUUUCAGUGAACAGCAGACGGACACCAUUCACUGCAAGUGGAGAGAGUGAGAUCUUGGAUCUGGAAGGAGACAUGUACCUUGGAGGACUGCCUGAAAAUCGGGCUGGCCUUGUCCUUCCUACUGAGCUAUGGACAGCUAUGUUGAACUAUGGUUAUGUGGGCUGUAUCCGAGAUCUCUUCAUUGAUGGGCGGAGCAAGAACAUCCGGCAGCUGGCAGAGCAGCAGAAUGCAGCUGGUGUCAAAUCUUCCUGCAUUCGGGUCAACACCAAACAGUGUGAUAGUUAUCCCUGUAAGAACAAUGCUGUCUGCAAGGAUGGCUGGAACCGCUUCAUCUGUGACUGCACAGGCACCGGCUACUGGGGAAGAACGUGUGAACGGGAGGCCUCUAUCCUGAGUUAUGAUGGCAGCAUGUAUAUGAAAAUUGUUAUGCCUAUGGUCAUGCACACAGAGGCUGAGGAUGUGUCCUUCCGCUUCAUGUCCCAGCGUGCUUAUGGUCUACUGAUGGCCACAACAUCACGUGAUUCAGCUGAUACACUACGGCUUGAGUUAGAUGGAGGCCGUGUCAAACUCAUGGUCAAUCUAGACUGUAUCAGGAUAAACUGUAACGCCAGUAAAGGACCUGAGACCCUUUAUGCUGGGCAAAAACUCAAUGACAAUGAGUGGCACACAGUCCGAGUUGUACGCCGAGGAAAGAGUCUCAAACUUACAGUUGAUGAUGAUGUUGCUGAAGGUACAAUGGUUGGUGAUCACACUCGCUUGGAGUUCCACAAUAUUGAGACUGGGAUAAUGACAGAGAAGCGUUACAUCUCUGUCAUUCCUUCCAGUUUCAUUGGCCACCUCCAGAGCCUCAUGUUCAAUGGCCUUCUCUACAUUGACUUAUGCAAGAAUGGAGAUAUUGACUAUUGCGAAUUGAAAGCCCGCUUUGGGCUCCGUAACAUCAUUGCUGAUCCUGUUACCUUCAAGACCAAGAGCAGCUACCUGAGCUUAGCAACCUUGCAAGCCUAUACCUCCAUGCAUCUCUUCUUCCAGUUCAAGACGACUUCUGCUGAUGGUUUCAUCCUUUUCAACAGUGGGGAUGGAAAUGAUUUCAUUGCAGUUGAGCUGGUCAAGGGGUAUAUACAUUAUGUGUUUGACCUUGGGAAUGGACCUAAUGUUAUCAAGGGCAAUAGUGAUCGCCCACUGAAUGACAACCAGUGGCACAAUGUAGUUAUCACUAGAGACAACAGCAACACCCAUAGCCUAAAGGUGGAUACCAGGGUUGUUACUCAGGUUAUCAAUGGUGCCAAAAACCUCGACCUUAAGGGUGAUCUGUACAUUGCUGGACUGGCUCAAGGAAUGUAUAGCAACCUUCCAAAGUUGGUAGCCUCCAGAGAUGGAUUUCAGGGCUGCCUAGCAUCAGUGGACUUGAACGGGCGUCUGCCAGAUCUCAUUAAUGAUGCUCUGCACCGCAGUGGGCAGAUUGAGCGGGGAUGUGAAGGACCAAGUACUACCUGUCAAGAAGAUUCCUGUGCCAACCAAGGCAUCUGCAUUCAGCAGUGGGAAGGCUUCACUUGUGAUUGUUCCAUGACAUCAUAUUCUGGAAAUCAGUGCAAUGACCCUGGGGCCACAUAUAUCUUCGGGAAAAGUGGAGGCCUCAUCCUGUAUACUUGGCCAGCAAAUGACAGACCCAGUACGAGAACAGACCGCCUUGCUGUUGGGUUCAGCACAACAGUAAAAGAUGGCAUCUUGGUACGGAUUGACAGUGCCCCUGGGCUUACUGACUUUCUACAACUGCAUAUAGAACAAGGCAAGAUUGGUGUAGUCUUCAAUAUUGGCACAGUAGAUAUCUCUAUCAAAGAAGAGAGUACUCCUGUGAAUGAUGGCAAAUACCAUGUUGUGCGUUUUACCCGAAAUGGUGGUAAUGCAACACUUCAGGUGGAUGGAUGGCCAGUGAAUGAACAUUACCCUUCAGGAAACACUGAUACUGCGUUCCAAUUGGUAAAACAGAAAAUCCCCUUCAAAUAUAACCGACCCGUAGAGGAAUGGCUGCAGGAAAAAGGACGACAGUUAACGAUCUUCAACACCCAGGCUCAAAUAGCCAUUGGAGGAAAAGAUAGAGGGCGUCUCUUCCAAGGUCAGCUCUCCGGUCUCUAUUACAAUGGCUUGAAAGUAUUGAACAUGGCAGCAGAAAACAACCCCAACAUCAAAAUCAAUGGAAGCGUUCGGCUGGUUGGUGAAGUGCCAUCUAUUUUGGGGACAGCUCCCACAACUUCUAUGCCACCAGAGAUGUCCACCACUGUCAUGGAGACAACCACUACUAUGGCCACUACUACAACACGAAAAAAUCGCUCCACCCCUACCAUUCAGACAACAGAUGACCUUGUUUCUUCAGCAGAAUGUUCUAACGAUGAUGAAGAUUUCAUUGAAUGCGAGCAGAGUGUAGGAGGUGAAUUAGUUAUCCCUCUUCUUGUAGAAGACCCUUUAGAUAUCCCUCCUAUUACUACUCGUGCACCUUUCAUUACACUCCCCACUACCUUCCGUCCCCUCCUCACCAUUAUUGAGACCACCAAAGAUUCCCUGUCCAUGACCUCUGAGGCGGGGUUACCUUGCUUGUCGGACCAAGGCAGCGAUGGUUGUGAUGAUGAUGGCUUGGUGAUAUCUGGGUAUGGCUCAGGGGAAACUUUUGACUCUAACCUACCCCCUACUGAUGAUGAAGAUUUUUACACCACCUUCUCCUUGGUAACAGAUAAAAGUCUUUCCACUUCAAUCUUCGAAGGUGGCUACAAAGCACACGCACCCAAGUGGGAAGCCAAGAACUUUAGACCUAACAAAAUCUCCGAAACUGGUAGGACUACUAUCACAGCUUUGUCCCCUGAGCUGAUCCGCUCCACAGCUUCGUCCUCGACUGGGAUGGUGCCCAAAUUGCCAGCUGGCAACAUGAAUAACCGUGACCUCAAACCCCAGCCUGAUAUAGUCUUGCUUCCGUUGCCCACUGCCUAUGAGCUAGACAGCACAAAACUGAAGAGCCCGCUAAUAACUUCCCCCAUGUUCCGUAAUGUGCCCACAGCAAACCCCACGGAGCCAGGAAUCAGACGGGUUCCGGGGGCCUCAGAGGUGGUCCGUGAGUCGAGCAGCACAACAGGAAUGGUCGUCGGCAUUGUGGCUGCUGCUGCCCUCUGCAUCCUGAUCCUCCUGUAUGCCAUGUACAAGUACAGGAACAGGGAUGAAGGGUCCUAUCAGGUGGACGAGACGCGGAACUACAUCAGCAACUCGGCCCAGAGCAAUGGCACGCUCAUGAAGGAGAAGCAGCAGAGUUCAAAGAGUGGCCACAAGAAACAGAAAAACAAGGACAAGGAAUAUUAUGUGUAAAAACAAAAAAAAUACAUAUUUAUAUAUAAAUAUAUAAAUAUUGAAUGAGCUAUAACUGAACCAAAACUGUUGCAGCCAACAAGAUUGGGAGCGACCGUUUGCAGUUUGAGACCAAUGUCGAGCAUAAACAUUUCAGUCGUUGACUGCUAAGUUUUCAAUCACUGCUUGGAGUCCCCAAACUCUGCCCUCCUGUAUUAUAAGGCACACAUCGUGUUCAGAAGAAGGCCUCCCCAGCAUAUCCAUGUUGGCAGACUUAAAAGCCUUCUGAGCUCCUCCUCAGCUGAACUGUUCUGCAAGGGCAGAAGAUUUCACGGCUUACUUGUUUCGUAUCUCCAAGUGAGUCUUUAAUGAUGUUCACAAUCUUUGACUGUACGCUAUUUUUUUCAGUUUAUUAUUUUAAAAAAAUAACAAAAAAUAGAAAAAGAAAAAAAGUGGAAAUGUUAGAAUCUAAACAGAACAACUGAUCUGGCCAUGUGCAGCCUGAGUAUCAUUUUUCAAGAUGUGAGGGGGAAAGAAAUAAUAAUAAUAAAUGGUUUGGGGUUUUCAUUAUAUUUUUUGUCUGAGUUUAUUUCAUUUUCUGUGAGAGGUUUUGGGAGAAUGAGCCAGGACAUAAGUCAAGAAAAAGUAUUGGGGAAAAAAUAUCAUAAAUAAAGACUGUUGCCAUAUAUGAACGCAAGUUCUAUCCACAGUGUUUGCUCUACAUAUCAGGUUGUGUUGUCUCUUGAAUCUGUUGUCUGCAGUAAGUUGUUAACAUAAAAAACAAAGGUGAGGCGGUGGCAGUGAUGGUGAUCAUGCUGAAAAUGAUGGUCAUGGAAAAUUGGACAACCCCAGAUACUGGCUCUAGUAUUUGUAAGCAAAGUCGUAAGAUGAUAACAGUUUCUUCUUUGACUAGGAGCCCCUAGCCAAAGAAAUCCAUUUGCUCAACUGUGGGGAAAAAGAAAAGAAAAUUCAAAACCAAAUCAAAAGUAGUUAUUCUGAAUUGAAUAGUCCAAGCAAAAAUAAAGGAGCCAUUGUCUGGUUCCUGGGCUGAUGACACUGCAUGAAUGCAAAGAGUAGUAAUCAACUGAAUAAAGUCUUUAGAAAGAUUAUAGAGUUUGUCUUGUGACAAAACCACAUGUCACACAAGCCAAAAAAUGUUGUGGAGGAAUGCAAAAUAGGUGUGUGUGUGUGUG